CGUGCAUGUCACGUCCGUACGCACGGGGCGCAACCUUUACAGGUGAGGGACCCAGGGAGGAUGCAAGUAGCGGACGCAGCGGGGAGCUGGAGGAGGAGCCGGAACCGGAGGAAGGAAGGAAGGAGCAGGGGUUCACUGGGAGAGAGCAGAAUGAAGCAGGUGGGCGCUGGCGGCGCAGGAGGAUGCAGAUCACCCACAAUGGAGUAGUAACUGGUACCGAAGAAAAGAAUGACUAUGGUGUGCUGGAAAUAAAGGCAGUAAAAGCUGGGGUUGUAGUUAUAAAAGGAAUUCGAAGCAAUCUCUACCUAUGCAUGGAUUCUAGACACCAAUUGUAUGCGUCGGCAUAUGAUAAAGAUGACUGCCAUUUCCAUGAAAAGAUCACACCAGAUAAUUACAACAUGUAUAGCUCAGAGAAGCAUUCAGAAUACGUGUCCUUAGCUCCAUUAAAAGGAAGCCAGAUGGCUCGUUUUCUACCUAUAGCGACACCCUCUGAUACUUUUAAUAUCGAUCAUCACGAUGUCAUGAUAAAUACCGAUUCUUCUGAGUCUUGGAACGGCAUUGGAUUUCCUUGGGGUCCAAGCAGGAAGUAAAGAACUUUCCUAUGAAGCCAGUAAAGGAGAUCUGGUUUUUGUUAAAUCAUGCACUUCUGCUGCAGUCUACUCACUGGACUUCAUGCAUUUCUCUGGGUGUCUGUGGUUGUCGGAUAUAACUCCCUGCAUACCCAAGCAAUAAGCAAACAGGUGUCAGACUGCCUUGCUUUAUCUGGAAAGCCCUCCAAGAGGUCCCAGCAGCCUUGAUGAAAUUGAUUGCUGUGAGAGAGAAGUUGAGUAAUUCAGCAGCCACCUAACAGGGUUUUUAAGGUGACAAGUGCUACCAAGAAGCCCCAGUCAAAUCCAGUUGCUUUUGUUUGAGUGUAUCAGUCUUGCUUCAUAGGUUUUAAACCUUCAACAUUUAAUUGCCAUUUGUGAAGUUGCCAUUUGUGAUAUGAGCCUUAACGUGGCCCAAACUUGGUUGGGCAAAAUGGCUGAUUGAUCUGGGCAUGUUUGGCAAGUUGAGGGGGUCUUUAAGACCUCACGGAAUAUUUCCAUCAGUCAGCCAAAAAGCAAGUGAAGACGAGCUGCAGCUCCACCUAAUCUGCUGUUCUGAUCAUUGGGAAAGUUGGCAGCAAUGUAUAUUCUUUUAUUAGGCAUUGAGGGGAUGUAAUUGCACUUUUUGCACUAGAAAAGCUAAAUGUUGAGUUAAAAGCAGGAAAUUUUGGUUUCUAAAUUUACCAAAGAGCAUUUUGCUGCCCCUGAAGCAUUUUUACCUGUCUGUGAUCCAGUUGGCACAUGUGCAGAUGCGCCACUGGGAUGAGAGAGGGGCCUGGUAAGGGAAGGAAUGCCCAGGGCAGAUAUGGAUAUAAAGCUGGUGCUUGAUUGGCACAAGAAAAAAGCACAAUACAGUGGUGGCAAUAAGCAUUUGGUCCAGGGGUUUGGAGUACUGUACAGGUCAGAUAUAUAAGGCCCCCUUUACACUUCCAAAUAGUCUUUGCACUAGCGUGUUGCACCAGAUCAUGAGGUUGGGAUCCUACUCACUGUGUAACUCCAGGUACCAUGGUUGUAGGGAUUUUCUCAUUACAGGGCACCUUGCCUCUAACUACGUAUGUUUUUUGCUGUAGUGCACCCAGUAAUGUUAUUUAUUUGUAUAUGUGAUUAUUAUUUUGUGUUUUUUAUUUCACCUAUAUGUUAUUUCUCCUUCAACGUUCCUUGUAAUGCUGGUCAUAGCUUCUCUUAGGGCUAAGGGGAAUUGUUUAGAGAGAGUUUAUUUUAUUUAUCAAUAUUAUUAUAUUAUUUUGCUGUUUGCUUUUAUCAUGUUUAUUUAUAUGGAUUUUGUAUUGCCAUUCAUUUUUGUCAAAUGUAGUCAUUUACUAUUUAUUUCAAUAAAAAUAAAAUUAUAUAUUUA